GACUGGCGCGGCGGCGGCGGACGACGGAGGGCGACACUGGCCGCCGAUAGCCGCUCAUCGGCGGCUGGCAGUUGCUGAUACGGCGCAGAGCACGGCCGGCACGGCCUGAGCACGGCGGGGCACAGCGCGGAGCACGACCGAGCACAGCACCGUCGGCCGCAGUCGCCCGACCAGUCUGCCGCUGGCCACUCCGUCAGUCACAGUCUGUCAGUCGCAGAGCGGCAGUCAGUGCAGUGUUGGUGGCACGCGAGGACUGCGAAAUCUGCACACAUUGGAGGACUGGCCCGGCCCGGGUGAGUCGCAGCCAUGACUCUGGGUGAGCUGCUACACUACCACGUGAUCCCUCCGCUGUUCCUGCUGUUCUUCACGCCCGUUGUGCAGGUGCUGACCCAGCUGGGCGACCCGCGGCCGCUCGGAUGGAGCGCCCUCGUCGGCUCACGGUUCGCGUGGGCGUUCACGGCGGUGACGCUGGUAUGGGCCUGGCUGUUCCUGGUCCUGCCGGGCCCGGUGCACCACGGGCCGACCACACACUUUGGCCAGACCCCGCCGUACCGCGCCAACGGCAUGCUCUACUACAUCUGCACGCUGCUGCUGUUCGCACUGCUGGAGACGUGGCUGAUGCCGGGCGUCUCGGUCACCAUCUACUCCAACAUGUCGGCGAUCCUGGCGGCGCUCAACGUCACCGCCCUGGUUCUGUGCACCUUCCUGCUGAUACGCGGUAAGGUGGCGCCCCAGUCCUCUGAGGAGAUCGAGCCCAAGCCGCUGCCACACGAGUUCUACCGCGGUAUGGAGCUCCACCCGCACCUGCUCGGAGUGGACGUCAAGCAGCUGACCAACUGUCGCGUGGGGAUGAUGCUCUGGCAGCUUCUCGUGCUGGUGUUCUGCGUGGCCGGAGCGCGGCUGCACGGCCUCUCCAGCGGGCACGUGGUGUGCGCCGCCCUGCAGACCGUCUACAUCGCCAAGUUCUUCUGGUGGGAGACGGGCUACUUCAGCACGCUGGACAUCACACUGGACCGCGCCGGGUACUACCUCUGCUGGGGCUGCAUGGUCUGGGUGCCGUGUUUUUACACGUACGCGGCGUUCUUCCUGACCCGGCAGCGUCCGCUGCUCAGUGACGGCCAGUCGGCGUUUGUUCUGGCGGCCGGCCUGCUCGCCAUCGCUCUCAACUACCGCUGUGACCUGGAGAAGCAGCGGUUCCGGGAGUCCGGCGGCCGCUGCCGCCUCUGGGGUCGGCCGGCCGAGUACAUAGACGCCGAGUAUGUGACCGCGCAGGGCCGGCGCACCACCAAGCUGCUCACCAGCGGCUGCUGGGGCGUUGCCAGACACCUCAACUACGUGUUCGAGAUCUUGGCAGCGUUCUGCUGGUGCCUGCCGGGUCUGGGUCACGGUGUGUGGCCGUUCCUGUAUGUCCUGUUCCUUACCGUGCUGCUCGUGCACCGUGUCUUCAGGGACGAGGAGAAGUGCAGCAAUAAGUACGGCAAGGCGUGGAAGAAGUACUGUCGGCAGGUGCCCUACAGGAUGAUACCGUAUGUGUUCUGAUGUGUCUGCUGUGAGACCGUUCAAUGUCCCGUUCGAUUUGUCGUUUUAUUUUCAGUUCUAUCAUCUAUCGAGGGGUUAUUGGACGGCUGGGAGAAGGCUUAUUGCUUUUCCGAGAUGGCAAUAAGACGUAAUGAAAUUAUGCACCGUCCGUUCGGUAGUUAUGUACGGCCCUCCAGGUAUUAAGUGGUUGGUUGCCAACAUCACAAUAAGCGAUCCGCAUUGAUGAAUACGUCUAAUCGCUGUUGAUAACCAUUGCCGAAGUGUGUGCAUGAACCCUCUUCUCAUUUCUAUUGAGUCAUUUUACAGGAGUGUCUCUGUCAUUCAAAGCUAUUACACCAAAAGCACAUAGGCUAACCAACCACUCUUUUGCUGGAGGGCCGUACACCAGCGUGCUCACAAUAUGAAAUGUUUGCUAAUGUUAAUAUAGCACCAACAAACUCUUCAAACGUCUCUGUAAUAGUUUUAUUGGUAGUACAACUGACUUUGUCACUUGUGGUAGCCAGUGUUCGAUGUUUAAAACGAGGUGGUCUGGUCGUAUUGUGCGGGAUCGCAGAAGUCAUUGCAUGGUUAAUUCGAGUUCUAGUUGGUGUUGAACUUGUGACUCUUCACAUAAUAAAGGUGUGAAAAAA